GGGAGCGCUAGCUUUCGGGACGCCAAGGGACAAGCAGACACGACGAGGAAACGAUACGCGACUUGGGGCCUCUCGGUCUUGUUCUACCAUCACUGCUUGGAAAGGACGUGAGUUCCCUGAGAGGAAGCAAAGAUGACAUCGCGAAUGAAACCGUUCUGCCAGGUCAUUGAUGGCGUCAAGCGUUGCCCGCUGAUCACACCGGAACGUCUUGCCGAUGUCAUGACAUUUGUGCCCCAGAAAGGGGACGUACUGCAGCUGUCGUACCCUAAAACAGGCACUCACUGGAUUCAGUUUACGGUGCAGACCAUCAUACAAGGAGGCACAGCGGUAGAAAGCUACGACGAUUUCACGACGGUAACUUGCUUGCUCGACUACAUUGGUUUGCAGGACUGGGAACGGCCUUCCACGAUACCCCUGGGUUUGUAUAUGUCACACGUAAUCCCUCCGCCUGACAACUUCAAUUCAGAAGCCAAGUACAUCUACGUCGCUCGGAACCCGUGGGACUGCUGCGUCUCAUUCUAUCACAUGGUGAAGGCGCUCGACAUCUUCUGUUUCAAGGAGGGAACUUUUGAUGACUUCUUCGAGUGCUUUAUCGAAGGGGAUUUCGGCUAUGGUGACUACUUCGAGCACCUCCUUUAUGGAUACGGCCUGAAAGACAUGCCUAACGUACUGUUUCUCACUUACGAGGAAAUGAAAGCAGACGCUGGAGCCACGGUGAUGCGCAUAGCUCGUUUCCUCGGAGAAUGCUAUGCGGAGGCACUGGAAGAGAAUAAUCUAGCCUUGGACAAACUGCUAGAGAAGCUAACGGUGGAACACAUGAAGGGGAUCUUGGUGCUUAACCUCGCCGGCCAUAAGAACCCGGCCAUAGAUGCAAGGAUCAAGGAGCGUAAACUGAUGACAUCUGAAGGUUUCGACGGAUGCCCAACUAUGAUGCCUUUUGUGAGAAAGGGUGAAGUAGGUGGUUGGAGGAGCUAUUUCAGCGCGGAGCAGCUGCGUCGCAUGGAAGAGACGAUCGUGCACAAAACUUGCAGUUCGGACGUUAUGGAUAUCUGGGCAGAAAUACGCGAAGAGGCACGACGCCUCUCCAUGGCUUAGAAGUGAGUCUUGUGCUAAUUUCUGUGGACAAUGUACUCGGAGGCAAAAGAAAACUAAAAAAGUGGAAGCAGGCCGUAAAAUUUGGAAUUGAUAUAUAGCGAAGAUUUGUGAGUACCUAAAGAGUUUAAACGCGGGUACAAGCACGCAUGCACGCACAUACACACACACGCGCGCAAUCAUGGGAGCACAGAAAUUAUACCAGGCCAGUCGUUCAGUGGAGUUGCUGACUACUAGGGAGUACGACGGAUGCCUUGAACGCAUCAUGGUAUCAGGAGCAGCGUGCGCAUGCUUGUGUAGCAUUAUUAGGAUCCAGUGCAUCAUGGAUACCGCGGUUGUCUCCACUCUGUACGGAGCGGCGGGCGUGGAGGACAACGAGGCACCGUAGCAGCUGCCGGAGCAUGCCACUCUGCCCUCGCCUCACCCCCCUGACUUGCGCGCCAAAGGAGAGGGCACGCAUCCAGGCCGCAUUCCUCGCUCGUGUAUGCGAGAUUGAACUGCGUUUGCCGGCUCACCCUCACACGCUUUCACUCAUGGCUACUGGGACGCCGACACUGACGGCGACGGCAGAAAUGCGCUUGGACUGCCCAUAUAACUGCUAUUGCAAUAAAACGCUGAUUACAAAACCACAAUAAAUGAGCUUCGCUACGUUGCAGCACUGUGGUACGCUUUCCUAUGGGAGCAUGAGCUGAAGUCCGCAAACAAGACUGGUUCACUAGGAAGACGGCAUUUAUUGAUUUUCGAUACCAAUAAAGCUG